AGACAGGGGGCCUUGUGUAGGUCUUCUCUCUCUGCGGGGCACUGACCCGCCCACCACCCCUUUCUCCCGAGAACAUUGAAGGAGAAGGAGAGAAGAUAUCAAGAUGAGUGGGGAUGUAGCAGAUUCCACAGAUGCUCGAAGUGCUCUCAGCCAGGUGGAGACAGGAAAUGAUCGAAACGGCCUAGAUUUCAACAGGCAGAUUAAAACUGAGGACCUCAGUGACUCCCUGCAGCAGACCCUUUCUCAUCGGCCAUGCCACCUGAGUCAAGGACCUGCCAUGAUGCCUGGGAACCAAAUGUCUGGGGACGUGCCUUCCCUCCAUCCACUCCAGCAGCUCGUGCUGGUUCCGGGACACCUCCAGUCUGUUUCCCAGUUCCUGCUAUCUCAGACCCAACCUGGGCAGCAAGGUCUGCAGCCAAAUCUUCUCCCCUUUCCACAGCAGCAAAACUCGCUCCUCCUCCCGCAGACUGGGCCUGGCUUGACGUCCCAGGCAGUUGGGCGCCCUGGGCUGCCAGGAUCCUCUUUAGAACCCCAUCUGGAAGCGUCCCAGCAUCUCCCAGUGCCCAAGCACCUCCCCAGCUCUGGAGGGGCGGAUGAGCCCAGCGACCUGGAGGAGCUGGAGAAGUUUGCCAAGACCUUCAAGCAGCGGCGCAUUAAGCUGGGCUUCACACAGGGGGACGUGGGGCUGGCGAUGGGAAAGCUCUAUGGCAAUGACUUCAGCCAGACGACCAUCUCAAGAUUUGAGGCCCUCAAUCUGAGCUUCAAGAACAUGUGCAAGCUGAAGCCACUGCUGGAGAAGUGGCUGAAUGAUGCAGAAUCCUCUCCGUCAGACCCCUCGGUGAGCACCCCCAGCUCUUACCCCACCCUCAGUGAAGUGUUUGGGAGGAAGAGGAAGAAGCGGACCAGCAUCGAGACCAACAUCCGCCUGACUCUGGAGAAAAGAUUUCAAGAUAACCCCAAGCCCAGCUCAGAGGAGAUCUCCAUGAUUGCAGAGCAGUUGUCCAUGGAGAAGGAGGUGGUGAGGGUCUGGUUCUGCAACCGACGCCAAAAGGAGAAGCGAAUCAACUGCCCGGUGGCCACGCCCAUCAAAUCACCCAUGUACAGUUCCCGGCUGGUGUCUCCCUCUGGGUCUCUGGGCCCCCUCUCUGUCCCUCCCGUCCACAGCACCAUGCCUGGAACAGUAACGUCAUCCUGUUCCCCUGGGAACAACAGCAGGCCUUCGUCUCCUGGCGCAGGACUCCACGCCAGCAGCCCCACUGCAUCUCAAAAUAACUCCAAAGCAGCCAUGAACUCCUCCUCCAGUUUUAACUCUUCAGGAUCUUGGUACCGAUGGAAUCAUCCCACCUACCUCCACUGAGACCAAAAAGUCUCUCCUAUUCCGCCUGGCCCUGUAUUCCCCACUGGAAGGAAGGGAGUCAUGCCUUCUCUGUACGGACAGAUUGCUUUCAGGAGAUGGAAGAGAAUCCCCACUAUCAAUGAGCCCAAACUCUCGCCUUCUUCAGGAACAAGAGCCUUUGGGGAUCCAAACUGUGACUGAACCCUUUGGGGAUCCUGUGCUCUUUCUUGAAACGCACGCCCCUCCAAGGAGUUUACCAUUUUUACCUUCCUUGCCUGUGCCCUUAUCGUCUAAUCCUUACUAUUUCAGACGGCUUCACUGCGGCAGUGGUCCUUCAGAGAAAGGACCUCUCGCCACUGUUCACCAGUGCAUCUUCAGCUCAUUCUGGGCACAGCCAUUUGCCUAGUGCCAAACUACCAGAGGGGAGAUAAUGGUUUGGACUCUGAACUUAGUCACGAUCUUUGAACUGAUUCUGGACUCUGUGAAAAGAUUUAAAUCUGAUGUCUCCACCAAAGCCUUGGUGUUUUUCUCUGUUUAGUGGUUUUCUGACUGAAUCUUCAUUUCACUCCAUUUUCUCUUUAGCCCCGCCCCCUUUCCUAGAACCAACUCUAUUGGUGAUUGCGUUCUCCAAGUUCCCGCCUCUUUGCAGAAGGCUGAGCCUUCCUCAGUCCUCUGGGCACAUUCCUCUGCUCCAUCUGCCCCAGAGUUUAGGAACAAAACUUGUCCCUUCUCUCCUUCCUUGUGUUUCUCCUUCUCUUGUCCUCUCUCCCUUCUCCUCGUGCAGAAGGAAGAACACAAAAGCAAACAGACAACGAUUAUGCUGGCAAAAUUCCUAUGGAUAGCCCUUUCCUGUUUUUGUAUUAUGUUCUUCUCUCCUUAAUGUGGAAUUUUCCAGCAAAAUGUUCAACUCAGGUGUGAAUUUUGAAAACGUCUCUGUAAUAUUUUAUCUUCUUUAACAAAAAAGAAAGGAAAAAAUACCAAAGUGUGAAAUACCGUGCUAGCUUCCACGGGAGUUCCCACACGGGCUGGGAAUCCUUGUUGACUUCUGCGGGAACAGUUUCUCUUGAGUCUCCUUCUUUGUGGGCCAGUGUGUAGACAUGUAACAUGAAGCCAUUCCAGAAAUGGUAACUUUUUUUUAAGACUGCAUAUCCAAGAAAAUGUUGAGAUUCAAAGGAAUCUCUCUGUUCCUAAAUAAAUUUGUAUAGUGAUUAUAUAAAGUAUUUCACUAUUGAUAAGAAGAGGUUUAGAUUAUUCUGUGUCUUUUGUUGUCGUGGGGAGGGGGGAUGUGAGUGUAUAUGAUGAAACGGGGUGGAGAAAAUGUUUCAUUGAUGGAUUAAGUCUAUUACUCCCCAAAUCAAUGCUAAAGAUGACAUAGAUUAAUGCAGGGCUCUAAAGAGUUCAGGGUUUCUACUCUUUUUGACAGGACAACUUGGAGGACAGAGUAAGCAAGAGGUGGGUUUCCUCAUUUUGUAAGUGGGAGAAUGGUAAAUGUUUAAGGUCAAGUCAUUCAGAGACUUAAGAGAUGGAGGCUGAGGCUAAUACCUAUCUCAGACAUCCUGAAGGUCAAUUGUUCAUUACUCACAAUGGAAAGCGAUACAUAUUUAAGAAAAGGGGUAAUUCAAAAAUCAAACAUAUUUGGCUUCAGAUUGCUCUGUGGCUUUUGAUGAGGGGGUUGAGGAGCAAGGAAGCUAUCCUUGUGGUUUCUCUUGGGCUAAUAAAAAUUUAACUAGUUACCAUUCUUGAGGCAAACAUUGAC